AUGCCGACGUUUGACCUCUCGCGCCUUGACCGUUUUGUUGGGACUUCAACCACCAUCAGGCGUCCGCGCGAGUUUACCUUCUUUUCCUUUGAUGACACUCAUGUCUUGAAGCCGCUGUCGACAGAGUCCUUGAGCUACUAUUAUCCAGCUCUAUUCGAUGCGCCUGGGGCAUCAUCGACGUCAGUAGAGUUGUCCCGCGGGUUCGACCUUUUCAAGCAACGCGACGACACCGUGGACGAGCACCUGGAUGGGUUACUACAGACAUUGCAAGCUUACGAAGAGCGUAUCCUGGACCGCGUACGCAAUGGUGAAGGCGAGAUCAAGGACGUGCGCGUCCGCGCCGACAUCAUUACCUGGCGCGGCAUGAUGACCAAGAUCCUUACGGCACCAUUUGACGACAUGUUCGGCGACUUCGAGAUGAACGCCACCUGCUUUCAGGUGCGCUGCUUCAUCGAAGAGAACCACGCCUACAAAGCACAGCAAAACCAAGUUCAGAAUGACCGCCCGCCACGACGCGGCGAAGCUUCGCAGGCACUGAUGCAGUAUUGGGGCUACAAGUUUGAAAGUCUCUCGGUGCUACCACGACCGUGGGCGGAGUGCAGUCGUGAUGAGAUUGAAGGCCGAGAGGCGGUAGUCGUCAACAACCAUCCCCAGUACUGCUCUAUUGUCCGAACGGGUAUAGGCACCACAAGCCUCGUUCUUGCGGGAGAAGUGGAUGCCGUUUUGGGCGAGAAGCCUCAGAGUCCAGACGACCCGAUCCCGUGGAUCGAGCUGAAGACAUCCGCUCAGCCGGACUUGAGAAAUCCAAAAGACGUCAUCAAGCUUGAGCGCCGUCUGCUGAAAUACUGGGCGCAGUCUUUCCUACUCGGUGUGCCUAGGAUUAUUGUUGGCUAUCGGACUUCAGAAGGCCGUCUGACCAGCUUGAGCGAAAUAGAGACGCAGCGCAUUCCGGGCAUGGUCAAACGCGGCCAAGGUCUCUGGAAUGGCAACGUGUGUAUCAACAUGUCCGCGGCAUUUCUUGAUUUCCUCAAGCAGAUAAUCACCGGAGAUGGAGUAUGGCGGAUCAUGCGGAGAAAGAACGCAAGAGCCAUCGAAGUGUUCAAAGUCUCGGAGAGCGGAACAGCAGAGAUUAUCAAGCCUACCUUUAAGGCUCACAGAGAGAAGCUGCUGGCGUUGGAGAUGUCUGCUGCGCUUGGAUAA